AUGGAACACCAAAAGACUGUUUCGGCAAAAUCAAUGAUCAAAAUCUUGAAGUAUCUUCCAAGAGCAACAUCAUCUGUUUCAUUCCAAAACCCUCCACUUUACAGCCCGAUUAAAGACAAUAAACCAUCGGAAAAACCCCACAAAUCCAAUCUCGGAAUCGGAUUCUCCGGCCCCAUACUCUCCACACUUCCGUCCGACACCCACCGAAAAAUCAAUAACGACUCAAAGCUCACACUUUUACACGAACCCACUUCUCCUAGAGUCUAUUGCGUAGGUACAGUUAAGUGCAAACACUAUAGGAAACUCAACAAACCAACCAAUAAGUUUUCAAGAACGACAUCGUAUACUCCAGUGAGAACUUAUAAAACCACAGAAGAUCAAGAAAAGGUGAUGAAGGUGGAUCCGGUGGUUGCAAAGGGUAAGAAGAAAUCUGGGAUCCGGAGCUUAUUCAGUGGUGGCCGGAGAAAGUGCAAUGAAACUGGCGAGAAGGGUCCAUGUUUGAGUACAAUGAAGAGAUUCUCAAGUAGGAGAGAUGCGUUUAUGAGUUUUGAUUGGACCACACAGGUUGCGCCGUUGGAUUCUGGUGGAAGCGAUGGUGAAGAGGUGGUGAUGCCGUCGUCUGCACCGGUGAUGGUGAGAAACAAUGGGGUUGGUGAUAGUUUUGUUAGGGUUGGUGAUGUGAAUGUAGAUCCAAGAAAGGAGAUUAAUUUGUGGAAGAGAAGAACCAUGGCUCAACCUCAGCCUCUUCAAGUGCAUGUUAUUAAUUAG